ACUAUAUAACAAAUAAUUUGAGCACAUACUCGGACAAGAUGAACAGGAACCUGUACAAUAUCCACAUUCUGGGUAUCGGCUUUAUGUUCGUCUUCUCAGCGUUCAUCACAGCUGGCUUUAUAUCCGCCAUUGUGCUCAAAGACUUCAACAGCAACGGCAUUGACAGCAAGACUGGGUUCUACAGUCUGUCUAUUAUAUACGCCUGUUUGGGACUGGCUAACUGGUUCUCUCCUGCUGUUGUCAAGAAACUAGGACCAGAACUGUCCUUAUUCCUGUCUUCAAUUCCCUACACUGGGUUUAUAUACUGCAUGAUAGAACCUUACAUGUGGAGUGUGUUUACUCUCUCGGCACUGCUUGGUUUUGGUGGUGCUGUGCUCUGGACUGCUUGUGGGGAGGUGAUUUCAAAGAACUCCCCUGGAGACACUAAAGCAAAGAACACUGGUAUAUUCUGGUCGUGGUUCAACAGCAGCAUGCUUCUGGGAAACGUCUUUCUCUACUUUUACCUAGGGGACUCCGCGAAGAUCAGUGACACUAAAAGAUACGUGAUAUACCAAGUGCUAGGAGUACUGUGCACUCUGGGCAUGUUCACCUUCCUUCUGCUAGCGCCUGUCCCUGAUGAACCUACAAAAUCAGAAGAAGACGCGUCCAUUGUCCCAUUCUUCCUGAUCUUUACUAGAAAAACAUGUGUUAGCAACGACGUAGAAAGAGAGAACGCUAUCGAGGAGAAAACUGAAGGAAAACCACAGUCAGUACUGCAACCGAUUGUAGAUGCUGCUAGGUUCUGUAAAACUAGGGAGAUGUGUUUACUGUACCUUCCCAUCAUUUUCACAGGCGUGUCACUGAACUACUGGAGCUCCGUCUUCAUCACCUCGGUUGGGAACGUGUUCCCAAACAGGAGUUACCUCGCCUUGGGAGGAAUCAGUACUGGAGUGGGGGAAAUAGCAGCAGGGUUUAUCUGGGGUCGGUUAACUAACAAGAUAGGGAGACAUGGAGUUAUUAUAGCUAGUACUAUAAUCAACAUUUUUCUCUUCGUUCUCUGUUUUAUCAGCUUCCCAUCUGAUGCUGCCACUACUACAGCAGCAGUAGCAGAAGAGACACCCAUCAUACCUAGCAGCAUUUACCUAGCUCUGGGGCUGGGAGUGUUGCUGGGACUGGGGGACGGGGGUUUCAAUGUUUCUAUCUACGCUGCAGUUGGUACAAUAUUCGAGAGUAAUCCAGCUCCAGCGUUUGCUAUGUUCAAGUUUGUACAGAGUUCGGUUGGAGCAGCUGCCUUCGUCUACUGUGGUCAUCUCAUCCUGCCUUAUCAACUAGGUAUACUAACAGUUACUUGUGUGGUGGGAUGCAUUAGUUUUGCAUUCCUGGACAAGAGCCCCUCACGGAAACUAGAAGAGAAAGCAGUUGCUGACCCGGAGCAGGACAAGUUCUUACAGACUCCAGCAUAAUCGAAAGAAGCUUCAGCCGAAGAGUUGUAGGCUGACUCGGAACAUUGAACAGGAGAACGAAUAUUCAGUCUUUUGAAUCUGAGAGUCUUCUAUAAGAAUUCAGAGGAAAAUUUGCUUUCGGAGCCAGAAGAUUAAAUUGAGAACUUUAUUAAUUUUUACUUUUGUAUUAUGCAUAUUGUGUUGAAAAAUAUGGUUAAAUAUAUUUGAUAUCAAAA